ACGUCAGUGAUACGAAAAGGAAGACGACGAUCUGCAUGAGAAUCCAUCGGUAACGGAACAGCAGUGAGUGUGCCAGAGAUGAGUGGGCAUGCAACCCGUCCCAGAGAGGGUGGUCAAGCGGUUCUCGAACGUAUUCAGGUAUCCGUCCUGCCGAUCGGAAAGCACGCCACGUCGACAUUGCCUGCCACAUCGACCUCACCAAUGGAGAGGCAAGAUGUGGAUAUUACUAGCAAACAAAAAAAAUGCACCGGAAAGGAAAUUUCAAAUGCUCAAAGAGUCUGGACGAGUUUGGUAUCCGGUGCAGUAGCGGGAGCUUUAGCAAAGACUACGAUAGCACCAUUAGACCGUACAAAGAUCAAUUUUCAAAUUUCGAAACAACCCUACUCGGCUAGGGCAGCGAUAGGAUUCUUGACUUCAGCGAUGCGUACCGAAGGCAUCCUCAGCCUGUGGCGUGGAAACAGUGCUACCAUGGUCAGAAUAGUACCGUAUUCGGCAACACAGUUCACAGCGCAUGAGCAAUGGAAAAGAAUCCUGAGCGUAAACGGUGCAGAAAGAGAAAAACCAGGGGCGAGCUUCCUAGCCGGUGCACUUGCGGGGGUGACGUCGCAAACUUUGACUUAUCCAUUAGAUUUGAUGCGGGCGAGAAUGGCAGUAACUCUAAAGACCGAGUACAAGACGCUGCGACAGGCAUUCUCGCGCAUGUACAAAGAGGAGGGAGUACUGGCGUAUUACCGAGGCUUCACCGCCACGAUCCUCGGGGUCAUCCCGUAUGCCGGUUGUAGCUUCUUCACAUACGACAUGUUGAGAAACUUGCUGACCGUGUACACGGUGACUAUUCCGGGAUUCUCGACUUCGCUUAUUUGCGGCGGCAUCGCUGGAAUGAUUGGACAAACAAGCAGCUACCCACUGGACAUUGUGCGGCGGAGAAUGCAGACGUCAGCGAUCAAGGGCCAGCAUUAUCAUACGAUCACAUCGACUAUCGUGAAAAUUUACACGGAAGAAGGAAUAAUGGCUUUUUACAAAGGCUUAAGCAUGAAUUGGGUAAAGGGUCCUAUUGCCGUCGGAAUCAGCUUUGCCACGCACGAUACAAUACGGGACACACUGAGGAAAAUUAUUUGUGAAGAUAUAUAGGACUAUAAUGAAACAAACAUUGAAAGUCUGGAAUUAUUACUGAAUAAUACCAAUCAAUAAUUAUAAUUAUUAAUUAAUUAGUAAUUAUAUUUAAUUAUAUUAAUUAUAAUUAUUGCUUGAUUGUUAUCCAAAUACUUAUAUAAUUAUUAUCAUUUAUAAUUAUAUAAGUAAUAAUUGUAAUUAUUAAUCAUUAUCAUCAUUACAUAGUUUCAUCAUUUAACAUCAUUUAAACGAUGGAUAAAUCUCAACGUACAUCUCCUCAAAAUUUUGCUUGAGAAAAAAAUUGAAAACUCGUGCACAAAGCAUAAUCGACGGCAAAAACGUAAAAUAAUAUCGCAGUAGAUACAUUAUUAACAAUGUGACAAAAAAAUAGUUUGUUAUUUUGUAAGGGCAUUUUGCCAAAAGCAACACAGGAGAGGUCGUUAGUACAAAUUGUUAAAUAUUAUGUACAUAUUGUUAUUUCAAACAUUAUAGAAAUCGUUGAAAAGUUAGAAAGAUGUAAUACGUGUAGAUGCAUAUACCAAAUCAUAAUACAAGCAUUGGUCCGGCAAUAUGGAAGUACAAUUAGCUUAUCUUUUGGAUACGAUAAAAAAUGUGAUUUAUGUAAAAAUAUGCUUUUUCUAGCUUGCCUUAAUUAUCUUGUCAAAUUCUAUCAUAAAAGCGAACAAGCUGUUGUAUAAUGCGUUCGUGUAUAUAUAAAAUGUGUAUAUGUCAUUUUUUAUUUUGAAGAUCAAAAUACUCAAUUAAGAGAAUCCUCGACGAUAAUUUUCUUAAGCUCUCAUGUAAAAUAUAGAAAUAUUGUACAGAUUCUAAAAUAAGUUGCGUCUAAAACUGACAUAUUCAAGUUAUAUUUUAUUCAAUCAUGCUUAUAGCGAAAUUGAUUCAUUUAUUUUAAUACUGCAAUGACUAAUCCAUCUGUUUUUUUUAAAUAAAGACUGCAGCUGAUAACGACAAUAAAGUUUAAAAUUUGAAAUAUUUUUAAAAACUUUAACAUAAUAUGUUGCUAUAGCAUUAUAUUGUUAUAAAUUUAUUAAUAGCAUCUAUAUUAUUAGUCCUAAAAAAUGAACUUAUAUAUUUGUUUUGGCUGCUUUUAAGGAAACACAAUCGAUACGCUUGACACAGAUUAACACAUGUCACUUUCCAUUUAAAACUUAUUUGAAAUUCAAUUGUACUCUUUGACUCUGCUUAGCAAGAGAAUCGGAGUGUUUUUGACUGAUUAAACAAUAUUGAAACACGUACAUAAUCAGCGCAUAAUAUUUUGUUAAAAUUUUUAAAUUAUACAUAUGCAUAUUAUAUAAAAUUUAAAUUGUUUGUUGAGAUCACAUUUAACAAUAAAAAAAAAUGACGUAAGUGUUAUGUAAUGUCUAAUUGUAAAUAACGAUUUAUAUUUUACAUUAAAAUUUAUAACUUUUGUUUCUUUCAAAAUUAAAUGUUAUAAGAUUAAGUAUUAAAAGUUCAUACACACACUAUCUGUAUAUCAGGUUUCAUGUAAUUGUGACAAACUGUACUUGAAUGUGUUAAUCUAUGUCAAUUUGUGUUUUUUUAAAGAAAAGUAGCGUUUAUUUACAUUUUAACAUUUUAUUAGCGAUCGAAUAUUUUUAAAUAAGUUGUACAUAUUUUUAAAGGUAUAACAUUUUAUGUUGAGAGUUGAAAUGUAAAACAUAAUAGAAAAUAAAGAAAGGAAUUAAUCACAUUUUAUCGAUCGAAAAUAUCUUUUUAUAAUCGAUACAGAAAGUCAUUGCCUUUCUAUAUUUUGCAAUACUUUACGCUUAAAUACACAGAUUUAUUAAGAAAUGAUCUUUUUGAUAAUGCUUAUUCGUUUUUUAUAAUUAUUGAAAAUUUCCAGAAUUAAUGUAAAUUACAACAUAUAUUGCAUUGUAUAAAAAAUUUAUUCUUUAAAAUUUUGUAACUUGUUUGCGAGUAUAUUGGUAUCAUGUAUAAAGUGCAGUCAUUUAGUAAAUAUAUAAAUUUUAUACAGUGUA